AAGCCACCUUGACGCGAAUGAGCAACUGGAAACAGCUGAUUUUCGUAACCUUAUCAGUAAUUUUGCAAAAUACAAACUGUUAAAGAUGUCCAUUCGCGAAAUAAUUAGUUCAGUGGACCCGGAAAAGGUUUUAAUGCCAGAAUUAGAAAACCAUUUUCGUGACGAUUCGUACUUACGUCCUUACGAAAGAGAGUUGAAACGAAGGUAUGGGUGUUUCACCAAGGUGAUGAAAAUGAUGGAAGACCAUGAAGGUGGCUUGGAUAGGUUCACAAAAGGCUACGAGUAUUUUGGCCAUCACGUAACCCCAGAGAAUGGUGUGAUUUGGCGAGAAUGGGCGCCAGAAGCAGAGGGAUUAUUCUUGCGUGGUGAUUUCAAUAAUUGGGAAAGAGUCACUCAUCCAUUUAAAAAGCUUGAGCAUGGGAAGUGGGAGUUGUAUCUACCACCCAAUGCAGAUGGAACAUGCCCUCUAGCCCAUCAAAGCAGUCUGAAGGUGGUGGUCGUGACAAAGCAUGGAGAGCUCGGGGACAGGAACUCGCCCUGGGCCACUUAUCUCAAGCAUCCAGACAACAACUUCCAGUACCACAUGGUGUUCUGGAAUCCGCCACAGAAGUACGUGUUCAAGCACCCUCACCCGGCGAGGCCCGACAACAUGCGCAUCUACGAGUGUCACGUCGGCAUCGCCUCGUCUGAGGGCAAGGUUGCUGACUACAAGAACUUCCAGCACAACGUCCUCCCUAAGAUCAAGGAACUCGGUUACAACACGAUACAAAUCAUGGCCAUCAUGGAGCAUGCCUACUAUGCCAGCUUUGGCUACCAGAUCACGGGAUUCUACGCAGAGUCAAGUCGCUUCGGCACGCCGGAGGAGCUGAAGGAGAUGAUCGACGCCGCUCACGGCAUGGGCAUCUUUGUCAUGCUGGACAUCGUGCACAGCCACGCGUCGAAGAACGUGCUCGACGGUCUCAACCAGUUCGACGGCUCCAACACGUGCUUCUUCCACGACGGGCCGCGCGGCGUGCACGACCUGUGGGACAGCCGCUGCUUCGAUUACGCUCAGUGGGAAGUGAUGAGGUUCUUGCUCUCCAACCUGCGCUGGUGGGUCGAGGAGUACUACUUUGACGGAUUUCGUUUCGAUGGUGUCACCUCCAUGCUCUAUCAUUCUAAAGGCAUCGCUCACGGAUUCUCGGGGCACUACGACGAAUACUUUGGCAUGGUGACGGACACGGAGUCGGUGCUCUAUAUGUCCAUUGCUAACUACAUGCUGCACAAGUACUACCCGUUCAUGGUCACCGUCGCAGAGGAUGUUUCCGGAAUGCCUGGCAUGUGUAGGCGGGUGGAGGAGGGAGGACAGGGAUUUGACUACAGGCUGGGCAUGUCCAUCCCAGAUAUGUGGAUCAAGAUUCUGAAAGAGAUGAAGGACGACGACUGGAACAUGUCACAGAUCACGCACACGCUCACCAACAGGCGUUACAGCGAGCGCACGAUUGCCUACGUGGAGAGUCACGACCAGGCGCUGGUCGGAGACAAGACGGUCGCCUUCUGGCUGAUGGACAAGGAGAUGUACACGAACAUGAGCGUGACGUCUGAACGCACUGUGAUCAUCGAUCGCGGCCUAGCCCUGCACAAGAUGCUCCGCCUCAUCACACACUCACUCGGAGGAGAAGCCUAUCUUAACUUCAUAGGCAAUGAGUUUGGACAUCCGGAGUGGCUGGAUUUCCCACGCGCGGGCAACAACUCUAGCUACCACUACGCACGCAGGCAGUUCCACCUGCCAGCAGACAACAAUCUACGCUACAAGUCGCUCAACAGAUUCGAUCGAGACAUGAACCUGACAGAGGAGAAAUACCGCUGGCUCAUCUUCAAGCACCAAUACAUCAGCUGUCACCAUGAGGGUGACAAGGUGAUUGUCUAUGACAAGCAAUCCAAGCACGGGGCGCUGGUGUUUGUCUUCAACUUCCACCCGACGGAGAGCUACGCCGACUACCGCAUCGGCGUGGAGCAGCCUGGGAAGUAUAAGAUCGUGCUGGACACGGACGCGAGAGAGUACGAAGGUCAUGGCCGACUCGACCACAGCGUCGACUUCUUCACCUACCCGGAGAACUGGAGCGGUCGCAUGCACAGCAUGAAGGUGUACAUUCCCAGCCGGGUUGGCAUCGUGCUGGCAAAGUGUGACUGAUUUCUGCGAACGUCUGGCCAUUGGAAGAACGAAUAUACGUCGUAGUAGACCUUUCCUUUGAGAGUGGGUUACCUACUAGUUGAAAACCUUAGGUAUUUCACGCGAAACUUAUAUGUGACAUUAAACAUGAUCUAGGUUUCUUUAGGCUCAAAAAACCUCACUGCUCACGCUGUUUGCUUCAUCACCUGAUAUCUGGAACCAAUCAGAUUGGCUCUACAUACUUUUCUACUUGGCCAUAUAUCGUCAAGUACAGUGUGGUUAGGCAAAGCUCAGAGGGAAUGGUCCAGUCUAACUUGGGAAUCCCAUGCUGUUCUAUUCAUGUGGACCAGCACCUUAUUUACAUUUAGAUGCAUUCCAUAGAUUUUGGCAAAACCUGCUUUUAAUGAAGUUGUAAACUGGACGGUUCGAACGUUUAGCAUUAGCAUUAGCAUUAGCAUUGUUAGCUUGUGUGUUACUUUUUAGUUUUUGUAGUCUUAUUUAUGUUUGCUGGAGGUUAUUAAGAUUGUAACUUGUUAUGAGCUGUGCUAGCUUAACUCGGUGGUCGUAUGCUAGCGCAGUAUAGUUUGUAGUCGGGUUAUUAUAAAAUGAUUACGUGCCUGUAGGUGUUAACAUGAUAAUUGUUGAUGCUGCAUAGUAGUCGGUGUUAUAUAGAACCUUUACAUUAAUCCCCCUAUGCAGUCUCCCAAGAAGAUGUUUGUUAUGAACAUGUAAUGGCACCCAAUGGUUUCCCAAUGCUGAAAUGUCAUUACGGGAAUAUUACAUAACCUUAUCGGUCGAACAACCUUUAUGUCUUUAUAUGGCUGCAUAACUUGCACAUCUCUCUAGGGGUUUGCUCUAGGGAUACGGUAAAAACCCGCGUAUAUGAACCUGUUAGGCUAAGAUUUUCCAUUUACACCCCCUUGACAUAAGAACCUGUUUUAGCCUAAAAUUUGAAACAGGUUCUUAUUUGAUAAAAUUCAGUUAACACUUUAAAAUUCAUAAAUCAACUAAAACAAGCUAUUUGUGGUCUAUAUACCUCUAUUAGGUAUAAAGGGCAUAAAAAGAAAUAAGAUAACCUAGAAUAGUGUUUGUAAUUGUCUAGAUUGCAGUGAUUUAGACAUAAUUAUAUGCAUAUUUUGUAUAAACAAUGGACCGCACCAAUAUUCUACCAGCAAC